AUGGUCAAAAGAUUAGUAUUCAAAUGUUUUAAAAGUUUUGAGAAGUUAAGUAAUCGAUUGAUAUCAAAAACAGGACCAUUCUUUGUUGUUUUAGCGUUAAGUUUAAUCACGAUUUCAAAUAUAACUUAUUUUGAAGUGAUCUUUUAUCAUCAAUUUUUAAAAUCAACUUCAAAUCCAAUCUAUACAAUUUUAAUACUUUUCUUUAGUUUAUAUUUAAGUUUUUGUUUAUUAUUUUAUUAUUUUCUUUCUUUUUUAGUUGAACCUGGUUCGAUUCUAACAAAUCAUCAUCAGCAACCACAAAAUCAUACUUUUCGGUUCAACUUUCUUUCGAGUAAUAGGUUUAGGAAGUCUACUUUAACUUAUCAAAAUCAAAAAAUAAUUAAUUCGAUCAAUAAACAUUCAAAUCAAUCUUCAUCAAACAAAAAAUCAAUACCACACCAGCAAGAGCAACCAUCAACGACUACACCACCACCACCACCACCACCAAGAAGAUGUACGAAAUGUUUGAUGACUCAUCCUGAACUUUCAAUACCGCCUCUCAAACCUCCAAGAGCUCACCAUUGUCGAAUAUGUGGUGUUUGUUGGCUUAAAUAUGAUCAUCAUUGUCCUUGGAUUAAUCAAUGUGUUGGAUUACAUAAUGAACGAUACUUUUUAUUAUUCUUGGUUUAUAUGACAAUUUCUAAUAUUUGGGUAACUUAUUGGGGUUGGACAUCGUUUUUGAUUAGUACGAAUUUUAAUUCAAAAUGGGAGUUUAAUUCACCUAGACUUUUUGUGAUUUUAACUUGGGUAUUAAAUUUAGUGAUUGGAAUCACAGUAGGAAUUAUGAUGAGUUGGCAAUUAAUUUUGAUUGGUAAAGGUGAAAGUAGUGUAGAAUCCAGUGAUAAUGAAUAUUAUUCAAACUUAUUGAAGAAAAGAGGAUUAAAAUUUAAACAUCCAUAUGAUUUAGGUAUAAAGCAAAACUUUAUAGAAUUUUUUAAUUUAAGACAUCAGAAGUGGUAUACAGUUUUGAUACCUAAAAUUGUUUUACCUUCUACAAAUGGUUGGCAAUGGAUCAAAAGAGAUGAUUGGAAUCAAUCAGAGUACAAUGACUUUAUUAAAUUUAGUGAUGAAUUGACUGAUGAAGAAGAGGAUGAUAACUAA